GCUUUAGAGCUGCUAGUUGCUGGAUAUCUACGGCGAGAUAUAUAUCAUGCCUCUGGGAAUGUGGAAAGCUUAGCCCCCAAGGCUGCCGGAUGGAACUCAAUUGAAUUGGACUGGCUCCUGAACAUGGAACUGCGUCCCGACCGCUUUGAUCAUUUCCCCGACUGUCUGUCCUACUAGAAUAGAAAAAAAGAAAGAUCUUUUCCGCCGCCAGCCGUUGAGCGCUACAUCGAGCGACUUCAUCAUGUUUAUCCUUACCACCAUCUCAGAUCUGAUCCAGAUCUCCCCGGAGGAUUUCUCCAAAUAUAGCGCUGUGGCCCUCGAGGAUAACAUCAACGAGAAGUAUGCCAAUAAAGUCAUCCAAAAAAUCGGUCUAUGCAUCGGUUUCUACGACCUGCUAGAGUCAUCCGAUGGCCUGAUCGGCCAUGGUACCGGCUUGGUCAAUGUAAACGUCAAAUUCCGCCUGAUCGUUUUCCGCCCGUUCAAGGGGGAGAUCAUGCUGGGGAAGAUUUCAAGUGCUACGGAGCACGGCAUCAAAGUUGCCGUAGAGUUCUUUAACGACAUCCUUGUGCCUCCGGAUCUGCUCUUGGAUGGCGCAAGAUUUGAUUACGCCGAUCAAGUCUGGGUUUGGGAAAAUGAAGACGGCUCGACAUUCUACUUUGAUGUAGGUGAAGUCGUCCGUUUCCGUGUUGAGAUGGAAGAGUGGCACGACCAGAUCCCCAAUGCUCCGGAUCUAGGAGAUGCGUCUGCAAUUGAGCGGAAGCCUCCCUAUUCCAUCAUAGGAUCCAUGCAAAUGGCUGGGUUGGGCCCGACUUCGUGGUGGUAAUGGCUGGCUUUGUUCUGUGAAUACGAAGGCUUUCCGUGGACAGGAUGGCAUUGUACACUGUUCGUUAAAAGGUUUGUGUGAGGGUUUGGAUAUACCAUGUUGGGGAUUUACCGAUGAAGAUUAGCUACCCAUCGUUAGACGAAUAAUGACAUGAUCUUGGCUACCA